AUUGUAAUAUAAACACGUCUAAGUACGAAAAGAAAACGGAGUUCUCAAUCUUCAUUUAAUCGAAGACAAAAUCGAAGCUAUUAUACCUAUCAAACGUUUGUACUCUUAAAAUUAUUCACAAUUUACAACUUAUUAAUCUGAAGACAGUCGCAUAACAAACGAGAGGAAGUCGUGACGAAAUGAUUAGGGAACACUCAAGGGAUCGGCAUAAAUUUUCCAAGGGAAAGUCGUACUAAUCGGGAUUUACCGAUUGGAUUAUGAAAUCAUGCUUUCUAUGGUUCUUUCCGGUAUUUAUUGCAACUAUUCUCGUUAAUAUAGAAAGGGUAAUGGGUGUUAAUACUUUCAAACAUGAACAAAACAUUGGCACGGUGUUAUUUGAGAAAAGUGAUACAGCUAAACAUUGUUGGACCACGGAGGAAUUUAUUAUCUUGAAUAGUCGACGAAUGUUUCAAGAUCUUUUACCAAAGGUGAAAGUUCUAAAUUAUGAGAACGAUCGGUACAUCGCGUUGCUGAUGGAUUACUUUCACAUUUGUCUGGAAAACGUGCGUAAGCUGUCGAUAGGAAAAACGAAGCACCUGAUGCUGAAAGCCCUGGCGGACACGAUGGGCGGCUACUUGCAGGUUUACAUUUUGCCCCUCACCAAACACUCCUAUUACGCGGGCAACGUAAAGUACCGAAAUGCUAGAAAACUAUUCGAACUGUACGAACAGCUGAAGGUUUUUUUACGAAGCAACGGAGCUGGUUGGCUAAAUCCUUCGAAGAAGAUAAAACAGACGAAGAUUCAAGCGAUAGUGAUUACGUCGCCGAAAUCGUCGUCGGUUGCUUGCGACGGGGUUAUUACUUACUCUGCAUCUUCGAUCGCUAACAGACGAGAGACGAAACGUUUCACAUUCAAGCAGAAAAAGAGGCAUGUUUCGAAGCACAAAAUUAAAAGUACAAAUCCGAGGCACAAAGACGAAUCUGAUCGAGACAACGAAUCGAUUAUCAUCCCUCUUCCUUUCCUGGACGACGAUACACAGCCAAAUAGUAUCGCGUUACCUUUUAAGAAGAACACCUUGCAGUCUUUAUACAGUGAACGAUCGACUUUUGCAUUGGUCAAAUACUACAUAGCUAGCGUGAAGUGCAUCGUCUCGAAAUCGAAAGAAAAAACUGAGCUGGAGGCCUUCAAUCGGGAGUUUUACGAUUGGCUGCAGCAAUCCGUGCAACGACACCUUGAUGAUGAGAAAUGGUACCCGGCGUUCGGCGGUGUAUUGAGGGUGAUCGCCUCGUUGGAGGAAGCAGGCGCGGGAACCGGUCCCACGAAGGGAGCAAAAAGCGGAACGUAUGAGAUUAUGCCCAAAACAGGCAUGCAACAAACUAUUGAGCCCGAGGAAGCCGUGCCACCUCUGUACAAAGAAGAGGAAACGGGAGUCCCACUAGGAACGGCCGAAUUAAUAUCGAUUGCAGUGGUGAGCGCGUUACUAGUGUGGUUGCUGGUGGGCUUGAGCUUGGUCUGCUACAGAUUCCUUACGAAACACUCGGACGAGUGCGUCUCAUAUGAACCACAGGAUCCUCCAGUUGCUGUUUUGUACGAAAAUAAAGAAUACUGCCAACCUGAUACGUGUCCAACACAAUCAUCUCGUAAGAGUUUGCUGGAAAGAAUUAAGAAUUAUUGGAAGAACAGGUUUGGUAAAUGUCAUGGAGGUUGUCAAGAUCGUAUGGACGAGGAACGUUGUUUAGCCGCAAUUAGUUAUACUAGCAAAGACACGAUCGACGUUAGUCAUAGUAGCAGAAGUUAUCAGAAAAGGAAAAUAAACAAAUCGGUUUCAGCGAUGUUAUCGUGUCAUCGAAAGGAGCAUGUGCCCAUCAGAAAAGUUUGUUAUAGUUCGGAUGGCUCGUUAACCACGAAUACGGAGAGUCCGGAGAGCAAACCCAGAUAAUAAAAGGUUACAAGUUUUCAUUUAUCUUUUAAUAUAUCCCUUUUUAGUAUGUACGACGUAAUAAAUACAAUCAAUUACAA